AUGAAAAAACCAGUGGCAGGAGAUUCCCCUGCCUCUUCCCUUUCCCCUUGCGAAAUCCCUAAAUCCCUAUUGCCCAUCUUCCUCAAGCAUAUUGCAGCUUUCAUCGACUCCCUCAACGUUGUUGUCCUCGCCCGCUUGCUCCCUCAAAGUCAUCAUCGUCGCAUCCUUACUGCCUCAACGUCCGCCGUCGCUGCGUCCUUACUGUCUCAACGCCAACAUCGCCUUGUCCUUGCUAUCUCAACGCCACUAUUGCAGCCUCCUGCUGCCUCAACACGGCCGCUGCUUCCUCCGGACAAUGGUAUCAAGAAGAAUGUACAAGGGCCAACAUUUAUGCGAAAAAUUUGGGCUCGAGAUAAGCAAGAGGCUAUUCAAGUUGAAUUUAAUGACCUAGGGCAACCUAUUGAUGAAAAAUCAUCAAGUGAAUUAGCUCACUUCUUAGGGGCUAUAGCACGCAAUGGAAGAUACGCACCAUUACAUUAUAAGAAUUGGAUCAAAGUACCUCAAACUUAUAAAAAAGAGAUGUUGACUCAAGUUCAGGAAAAGUUUCAGCUUCCUCCUGGUCAAGAGGAUUGGAUAUUGAAAUCUAUCACCAAAAAGUGGAGAAAUUGGAAAUCUUUUGUGAAAACAAACUAUUAUGAUCCAAAUGUAUCUCUUGUUGAACAAAUGAAAAAUGUUCCUGAAAGAGUUCAUGAAGACCAAUGGAAGGAGUUGGUAACUUUUUGGAAUUCUGAUGCAUCAAAGAGAGUUAGUGAUAGAAAUAAAGUGAGUCGAGGACAUCAAAAAAUGGUACACCGAAAGGGUAAGAUGAGUUUCGCUAGAGUGGCAGAGAAAAAGAAAAAGGAACUUGGCUAUUACCCAUCACGCUCUACCUUGUUCAUUGAGUGUUACUCAAAAGGUGAAACUCCGGGAAAUGAGGUAGCUAGUCAAGCAAUGGUUCAAAAUAGAGUUUGUUUGAAAAGUAUAAAUGACCCAACUCAAAUUGUAGCAAAGGGAAUUGUCCGGAGUAUUGAUCCAUCCACAGAAGUUGGUGGAUCACGACUAAGACCUAAUUGGUGUGAGGUACAUAUUCAAGUGGCAGUAGAGUGGGAUGAAGAAUUGAUAAGAAGAUAUGGAAUGUUCGAAACCAUUGGAGAUGCCCUUGGAGCACAUGUUGCAUGGCCAUUGUUCUUGGUUGAACGUGAUGAAAGUGAUGAUUAGAGUUCAAUAGAUCAUGGAGAUUAGUUGUUUUGUUAUUUUUUUUUUUGGUGUUAUAAUGGAUGACAAAUGAUGAUAAUUGUUAGAUUUAUGGAUUUUUGGAGUAAUUCUUUUUUUGACAAAUCAAUCAUAGACCAUGGAGUAUUGGUUUUGUAUAUGUAUAUGUGAAGUGGUUUUAUUAUGUGGUUUGGAUUACUAAAUUAGAUGAAGAGA